AAAGGUAGAAGUAAUAAAAGUUUAAUAAAAUUUCAGAAUCGUGUGCCUCAAACUUGCUUUUCCGAAAUCCGGGUCUAUAGCUUCAAUCAAUUAUUAAAUAUGGUUCUGAUCUAAAUGGGAAUUUGAUUUUAACAUCAACGAUCUGAAUCCUCUUAUUUCUGGAAACCGAUUCUCCAACUACUAUAGAGUAGCUCUAUCCCAAAACCCUCAAAUUACAGUUGAAGAAAUCCCCUAUGAACAAUCAGUGUUUAGCAUAAAUCGCAACCCAAAAAUCUAAAAUCUUAAUUCGCGAACUGGGUAUAGACAGAUCGGCCGAAAUUUGCAGCCGAAAACUUGUGAUCUUUUAAUGCGGCAAGGAAGAAGGUUAGCAUAAUAUGUUUUGGAGGGAACGCGAAAGGGAGAUCAACAAAGAGCAAAAUGGAGGCCCUCCUUGUGGGCAGGUUCGAGUUCUUGUUGUUGGGGAUUCAGGUGUGGGAAAAACUUCUCUUGUUCAUCUGAUAGUGAAAGGUACAACAACAAAACAUCCUCCUCAAACAGUUGGGUGUACAGUAGAGGUGAAGCAUUUUACAUAUGGAACUCCUAGUAGCUCUUCAGAUAGUGAGAAAGGUGACAAAGAUAGGGAUUUCUUCAUUGAACUCUGGGAUGUCUCUGGACAUGAUCGUUAUACAGAUUGUCGUUCCAUCUUUUAUUCCCAAAUAAACGGUGUUAUUUUUGUGCAUGAUCUUUCUCAAAGAAGGACAAAAACAAGUGGCCUUCCUGUACCCUACCUUGUCAUUGGUAACAAAGCUGACUUGGCAGCCAAAGAAGGGACAAGGGGUAGCAGUGGAAAUCUUGUUGACAUGGCACGCCAAUGGGUUGAAAAACAGGGUUUGCUUCCAUCAAAUGAGGAGCUCCCUCUCAUUGACACCUUUCCUGGAUCUGGAGGGCUUAUGGCUGCUGCAAAAGAAGCAAGAUAUGAUAAGGAGGCUGUGAUGAAGUUUUUCCGUAUGUUGGUAAGAAGAAGAUAUUUUUCAGAUGAGUUACCAAUGGCAAGUCCAUGGUCAACCUCAGUACAAAGACCAUUACAGAAUUUGAGUGAUGAAGAUCAGAUAUACACAAGUACAAGGACAAGUGGAGACUCGUACAAGUACAAUGUGCUACCACCACUGCCAGCUCAGCGCAAUCUGACCCCACCUCCCACACUGUAUCCUCAGCAACCGGUGUUGACGCCUGACAAUUAUAAUAUACCAAGAUUUGCAUUGAGUGGAGCUCAAGAAUUAAACAGUAUUAGAUCCAAAAGGAAUGAUAUCAAUGUAUGAUUUUGAUUUUGCCACUACUAUAAAAAAAAAUGGGCAUAUGUUUUCUUUUUUCUUCUUACUGUGUUGAUGCUUCUUGAUUGUAAAAACUAGUCUAUUCAUUCUUUUGACUCAGUGAGAUAUAUUGUUGUUGCCUCUUUGGUUUGAUUUGUUCAAUGUGAAGAUUGUUGGUGGAAA